CAGGCGGGCGGCCCCGAGGAGCAGUGCUUCGGCUUCACCUGCUCACGCGGCGACGCCGAAGAGACGGCCAUCUUCCAGUGUCACGUCUUCAAGUGCGCUGCCGCCCGUGCGUCCGGUCGGGUGUUGGGCUGCUUCGCGCGCGCCUUCAGGAAGCAGUCGGCGGAGGGGGCGGCUGAGGACGGCGUGGACGUGGCGCCGCGCACCUGUCGCUACGACUUCGAGCUGUCCGUUGAGAUGCAGGAGGAGGACGCCAAGGGCGUGUACGCGGCCAUCCCGCGCGACAAGGGCGGCUUCAAGCUGCGCUGCAACACGCAGCGCAAGGUGCUGGUGUCGGUGCGGCAGACGAGCGACCUGCUGCCGCCGCUCACCGUCGAGCGCUGCUUCGGCCUGCUGGUGGCGCCCGGCAAGAACGUCAAACACGGCGACAUGACGCUACUGGAGAUGCCCUCCAUGGGCAGCGUGGUGGGUGAUCGGCACUGCUACAGCGUGGUGGGCCUAUGGGACGCAGGCGACCCGAACCUGACGCUGCUCAACCAGGAGACGCCCAAGGAUCUGCCGCUCGUGAUGUCGAUCGGCGUCGACCUGGUCAUUGAGGGCAUCCACGAGCCGGUCAGGUUCCUCCUGGAGUCCCGGGUUCGGAUCUACCCGCAGUCGGAGCGGUUUUGGUACUUCUCCACCAAAAAGCUUCUUCAGAAGUUCUCGCUGCUCGUUAAGAAGACUGGGGAGCAGCUGGAAUUCGAGAGGCUGGAGAACCUGGGCGAGAUGGAGACAUCCAGGAACAUGCUGCUGAGCCUGAACCUGGCGAGCCUGCCCGGACUUGCGGGGCGGUCUCCAAGCGUCACCAGUCCCGGGUCGCCUGGCCAGGAGGAGAGCGACAACGACGACCCGCUGCCGUCGGGCUCGGGCGAGGUCAGCAAGGACUGCGGCGAGGGCGAGCUAGCGCACUGGGGCGACGUCCUGGCCAAGUGGCGCCUCAACCUGGCGCAGCGGCCGCGCGGCCUCAGCGGGCUGGUGAAGCGCGGCGUGCCGGAGGCGCUGCGCGGCGAGGUGUGGCAGCUGCUGGCCCGCUGUCACGAGGAUCAGGACAUGCUGGACACGUACAAGAUGCUCAUCACCAAGGACUCCAGCUGGGAGACGGUCAUCCAGAAGGACAUCAACCGCACCUUCACCGGCCACGAGUACUUCCGCGAGGCCGGCGGCGUCGGCCAGGACUCGCUCUUCAAGAUGUCCAAGGCGUACGCCGUGUACGACGCCGAGGUCGGCUACUGCCAGGGCCUCAGCUUCCUGGAGGCGGCGCUGCUUCUGCACAUGCCUGAGGAGCAGGCGUUCUGCGUGCUGGUCCGCAUCAUGUUCCAGUACGGCCUGCGUGAGCUCUUCAAGGACGGCUUCGCCAUCCUGCACCUGCGCUUCUACCAGCUGGACAGACUGCUGGAGGAGCACCUGCCCGAGCUGUGGAGCCACUUCGCCGAGCUGGGCGUCGAGUCGCACAUGUUCGCCUCGCAGUGGUUUCUCACGCUCUACACGGCCAAGUUCCCACUGUACUUGGUGUUCAACGUGCUGGACGUCUUCCUCCUGAAGGACAUGGACUGGAUCUUCCAGGUGGCCAUAGCUCUGCUGCAGGUGUCCAAGAAGGACCUGCUCGGCCUGGACUUCGAGGGCACACUCAAGUUCUUCCGCGUCUCGCUGCCGAAGCGGUACCGCAACGAGGAGAACGCGCGCCAGCUGGUGAAGACGGCCGUGGCCACCAAGGUCAAGAAGCUGCGGAAGUACGAGAAGGAGUACCUGGCCAUCAAAGAGCAGGAGCGGCUGCGGGAGGACCCGGCCGACCGCCUGCAACGCGAGAACCGCAAGCUGCUGGCGGCCAACCUGCGCCUCGAGCACGAGAAUGACGACCUGGCCAUGGAGCUGGUGGCCAGCAAGAUCCAGCUGCGUCGCAACCUGGACGUGACGGAGGAGCAGUGCGAGAAGAUCUCCCGCGAGCUGGUCACCUCGCAGACCCGGCUGGCCGAUACGGAGGAGGAGAAGCGACGCCUGCUGGACGAGUCGUGUCAGGUGAAGGAGCUGCUGAAGCGGGAGGUGCAGAAGAGCGAGUCGGAGCUGCAGCGUAACGCCUCCAUCAUCGACGACUACAAGCAGAUCUGCUCCCAGCUGAGCGCGCGGCUGGAAAAGGAGCAGGCGGCCUCCAACAGCGAGAUCCAGUUCAUGAAGGGUCUCGUCACCGCCUGUCAGUCGUGCUCGGUCAAGUACGCGUCCGGACGGCCGGUGCAGCACCCGCUGGCCGAUCUCUGCGAGGAGGACCCGGUGCGGGCCCGGGACGCGCGCAUCCGGGAGCUCGAGCUCGAGCUGGCCCGCACCAAGCUGGCUCAGGUGGAGGUGGAGUGCAAGAACCAGGACCUGACGCACCAGAUGCACGCGGCGCUGGCCGAGCUGCAGGCCUCCAAGAACACCUGGUUCCACAAGACGCUCUCCUCCAUCAAGGAGGCCACCAAGAAGGAGAGCGGCUAGGCCGGCCGCGCGGCUGUGAUCGUGCUCGCCCACGAGCUGCCGAACAAACGCCACGGGCGCCCGAUGGCUGUGGGAGGCGGACAGGGCGGCGUCGGGCCGCGGCGCGUAGGCAGGCCGCUGCCCAGAGCUCCCCCCCCCCCCCUCCCCCCCCCGUGCCGCUGCCAUGCAUCGCUCGCACGCCACCUUGGUGCGGGGGCGCCGCGCCCGACCGCGGGCGGCCGGCUGUGCCGACUCUCGGGUCCGGCUGCGGGGUCGGGCCUGACUGGAGUUUGACGCGACGGGCCUCCGCUGGCCACGUCCGUGUCGACCGGCACCGCCGCGCUGGCUCGACGCGCGCCUGCCCGUGCUGCCAGGUCUGACAUUCCCAGCAUUAUCCGUGCCACAAAUGUGUAUGAGAAGCGGUUUAUUGAAUAUUUUUAUAUUAACGGUAUCCUACGUUUUGUUGAGUACAUCAUUAUAUACGUGUUUUUAUUGAGUGACUGCACGCUUCAGUCGUCGCUAAAGUGAGAGCAUUAAGCAAUGUCAUGCAGGUGGGACGUUUCUGCCUCCCUGUGUCCAUGCGUAGGCGGCAACCCGGGUCGAUGCACCACUGGUUGUGUUGCCGUUGUGUUGAACCCUUCGGCUGCGCUGCUGCGCUCCAGCCGCUUACCAAGGGCGUCCGUACUUAUUUGUCUCUUCCCUUCUCCCCCGACGGCUUCAGCGAGUGGCGAUACACAUGUAGGUAACCGUUGCUAUCCAGUGUAAGUACCGUCAAAUACACUGUAGUCUUACCCGGCC